AUGGUUGAAGACAAUUAUACAUUUGCAUCCGAGUUUAUUCUCCUGGGUUUCACAAAUCGAGAAGACCUGCAGGUGACAUACUUUGUCUUAUUUCUUGCCAUCUAUGUGGUCACUCUAAUAGGAAAUCUGGGAGUAAUUAUGUUAAUCAGAACUGAUUCGUGCCUGCACACCCCCAUGUACUUCUUCCUAAGCCACUUGUCUCUCCUGGACAUCUGCUACUCCUCUACCAUCAUCCCUCAAACCUUGCUGAAUUUUUUAGUGGAGAAGGUUAUUUCCUUUGUUAGGUGCGCCACUCAGCUCUUCUCCUUUGCAACCUGUGCCACCACUGAGUGCUACGUGCUGGCUGCCAUGGCUUAUGAUCGCUACAUGGCCAUUUGUAACCCCCUGCUCUACUCUGUGGUCAUGUCCCGGAGGCUUUGCGUUGGGAUGUUAGCUGGUGCCUACUUAGCUGGCGUGAUCAGCUCCACCAUACACACGGUUUCCAUAUUUCGUCUCCCAUUCUGCCAGUCCAAGAGGAUCAAUCAUUUCUUCUGUGAUGGACCACCGCUGCUAGCCCUCUCCUGCUCUGACACCCAUGUCAACGAGGUGAUGGUUUCUGCCGUGGUGGGGUUCAACGUGCUAAGCACCACAGUCUUCAUCCUAGUCUCCUACUUGUCGGUCCUCUCCACUGUCCUGCGGAUCCGCUCCAUGGCCGGUCGGCACAAAGCCUUCUCCACCUGUGCCUCCCACUUGGUCUCCAUCGCUUUGUACUACGGCAGCUCCCUCUUCAUGUACUUGCGCCCUGGCUCCAGACCCUCCUUGGAGCAUGGCGAGGUGGUCUCCAUGCUGUACUCCAUCAUAGUCCCCAUGCUGAACCCGCUCAUCUACAGCCUAAGAAACACAGACAUGAAGAAUGCCAUGAGGAAAGCAAAAGGCAGAGUCCUCUCCUCCUUGUCCACACAUGAACUUGUAGAAAUGAUGGAUGGAGAAAACCUCACUGUUUUGUCUGGCUUCAUCCUCUUGGGCUUCUCUGAUGCCCCAGAGCUACAAACCACAAUAUUCACAAUUUUCUUAUCCCUGUAUGUUUUCAUGGUGCUGGGGAACCUGAUGAUGAUCCUGCUAAUCAACGCCGCCCCCCAGCUCCACACCCCCAUGUAUUUCUUCCUGACUCACUUACCUUUCAUAGAUUUUUGCCUUUCCUCCGCUAUCAUCCCAAAAGCGCUGGAGACCUUCCUGCUGGGGAGAAGCCACAUCUCUUUUUUGGGUUGCUUUGCCCAGAUAUAUUUUUUCCUUGCUCUGACCAUCUGUGAGUGCUUCCUCCUGGGGGUGAUGGCUUACGACCGAUACGCGGCCGUGUGCGAGCCGCUGCUUUACACCACCACCAUGUCCAGGGCGUGUUGCUACGGCGUGAUGGUGCUGGUGUACGCCGCGGGCUUCCUCACCUCCCUGGUGCACACCGUCCCGGCGGGGAGGUUGUCCUUCUGCCGAGCCAGGAGCAUCAACCACUUCUUCUGCGAGCUGCCCACCCUCCUGCAGCUCUCCUGCUCCGAUGCCCGCGCAAACGAGAUCUUGCAGUUUUCCAUUGCUGGGCUUAUCGCCGUGGGCUCUGUCCUGAUGAUCCUGGUGUCCUACACUUACAUCCUCUGCACCAUCCUGCAGAUGCCUUUGGCCAGGAGGAGGCUGAAAGCUUUCUCUACCUGCAGCUCCCACCUGGCUGCCGUCACCAUCUUCUACGCGCCGGGGAUGCUCGCCUACCUCCAGCCUGGCAAGGCUUGCUCGCGGGAUCAGGCAAAGCUGGUUUCAAUGUGUUACACCGUCCUGACCCCCACCCUCAACCCCCUCGUCUACAGCCUGAGGAACAAAGAGGUGAAGGGGGCCCUCAGGAGGCUAUUGCAGAGGAAGAAGUACAUGGGAGUGUGCAGCCAGGGGUUUGUCUUGAUUAAUGUGAUCAGCCCAAGAUUGCCCAUCAGGGUGAUGAGAUAAAUCAUUAAGAACAUCAUGAAGAGAGGAGUCUGCAGCUUAGGCUCACUUGUCAGU